AUGUAUCUGAAGAGCCAGUUCCUCAGACUGCGUGCCGAAACCAACUGUCCAGACUCCGGGCUGACCCCCAGUGUUCAAACUCUGUUACAACACGCCACUCCCAGCCAGUCUCUCAGUAUCCUUCAAGUAAAAAAGCGUCCGCUCCCAGGCUACGGCCAAGGGCGACAAAGUGUUUUGGACGAGCCCGUAACUGUGGCGGCAGCCAUCCAGCGAAUGAAAUCACACCUGGGUUUGAAUCAACUUCGACUGGCCCUCGGAGCCCAGCAAACUUUAGAGUCCAUUGUAAGCACUGUGGCAGUGUGUGCUGGGUCCGGAGGCUCAGUAUUGAAUGGAGUGAAAGCAGACCUCUACAUCACAGGUGAGAUGUCCCAUCACGAGGUCCUGGACUCCGUCGCUGCGGGUGCCAAUGUGAUCCUCAGUGACCAUAGCAACAGCGAGCGUGGUUUCCUGGCCGUGUUCAAGAAGAGGCUGGAAGGGCAUCUGUCCAACUCUGUUACCGUGGCGCUGUCACGGGCUGACAGGGACCCCCUGGAGGUGGUCAGAGAUUCUGUCAUGCAUAGGUGA